AUGUGGAAAAUCAAAGAGUUCACCGUGAGAAAACUGACGACUAGGUACGCGGCGACGAGUUUCUUCCGCAGCUCGUACGAACCCGUUCGGAAGUGCGCGUGCCACAUCAUGACGACCAAGACGACUACGUUCACGACCCAGAAGCACAGGAGGUUCGUCUGGAGGUGCGGCGUCAGCGCCGCCACCGGGUGCCUGAGUGGAGACGUCGCCGCCCAUCGAUGGUCAGUUGAAAGGGGCCGCGAUCGAACGGGGUGGGUGAAAAGCGUUCGUGUUUAUAGAACGCACUUGACGAAGUCGAAGUACACCACCGUGGUCAGGAGGAUGAACACGACCGCGGUGUUCGCGUCGUCGAGCACGGCCAGGCUGCUCUUGCGCCAUCGCCUGGGGAGGGACGGGAGGGAGGACGAGGGGAGGGAGAAGGGGAUGAAGAGAAGGGGGACUGGCGUCGGACGGCGGACGAGGGAAGGGAACCGCCCGCGGGCGCGAAAGGACGCGAGGGGGCGGAGAUCGUGA